GUGAAAAAUACUGCGUGUUUCUGCUGGGGGUGUUAGUCAUUUGUUAGUUCAUGAAUCAGUCCCGUCAAUUAUCCACUGCAUUUUCAAUUGGCAUCAUAAUAGGAAAGUAGUACAUUUAACUGGCCCUGUGGAUUGACAGUUGCAAUGUUGAUCAUAUUGUAAUCUACACGUUAUUAUAACAACGGUAUGAAAUUAGGUUGGCGUAUAGGUUGAGUCCUUUUGUUAUUUCGUAGUCUUCGCCUGUUCCACUCUACUCUGAGAAACAAAUCAAUUUUAGUUAGAAUUUGCAGAGUGUCAAUCAUUCCUCACUUUCACUCAAAUAUGUGACUUGAGUUUUUCUAGCUCUUGUAACUUAACAGAAAGUCAGUAUUGUGGGAGGGCCAAAUAUUGACUGGUGUCAUUCGCUGUCCGUGGUGCUGAUACGUUUUGCACCGAGUCACGAUACCUCUCAAUAUAAUGGAAGAAAUGCCACAAGACUAAUUGGUUGAGUACCAUUACUUCAAAUGUUUUGGUUUAUUAAUGAAAUGAAUAAAAAUCUAAGUUAUGGAGAAAAAUCAAACAGUUUGGGAUAUGAUGCUUCCAUCUUCAUUCAGAGCUAUUUAAAUUUGGCUUGUUAAACCAGUAAAAGAGUUCGUCUCGUAGCCUGAUGUAGUCAAGGUAAAUAAAUAUGAAACCUUGCCACACGGCUUUAAAAGAAAUUGAGAAACUAUGCUUCCCUUGCAGUGAACAGUGGAAUCGCAUGGUGUCAGUGUGUUUGGAAAAUAAAGGCUUUGCUUGUCGUCACUACAUUUUAGUUCCACCUCUUUAUCAGUUCAAUACUGACCGAAUUGCGUGUUGGCUUUCUGCUGCUUUUAUAAAUACCGUGCAGUAUUUUCAACAUUUUAGAAACAGAGUGACCAUUGACAUAUCCGGAUGUGUUGGAUUAAUUUCUUUGAACGCAAUUAUUAAACCCGCGAAGAAUCGAUAACAAUUUAAUAAUGAAACAAAGAAGAUGCAAGCCACGAAGGGCGCGAGGAUAUUUUACCGGCUGCGUGGCUGCUGUGCUUUUGUGGAGUGUGGCCUCGGCCCAAUUAAGAUAUUCCAUCUCCGAAGAGGUUAACGAAGGAACUGUGGUUGGAAAUAUAGCAAAAGAUUUGGGAUUAGAUAAAAGUACGUUGAAAGAAAGGAAGUAUCGGAUUGUUUCCAGUAAUGCUGAUCCUCUUUUCCAUGUAAAUCACAACGAUGGCAUCCUGUAUGUGAGCCGAAAGAUUGACAGGGAAGAGGUCUGCGAGAGGAGCUCUACGUGCUUGUUAAAUCUAAAAACCGUACUAGAAAACCCACUGGAGGUGCACUAUGUGGCAGUGGAGGUGCUGGAUAUAAAUGACCAUUCUCCCAGUUUCCCAGAGAAAGAGAAAACUUUGGAAAUUUCAGAGUCUGUAUUACCCGGAGUACGUAUUCCCCUAAAAGCUUCACGAGAUCCAGACGGCGGACCAUUCUCUGUUCAGCAGUAUAAACUUAGCACAAAUGAGCACUUCCGUUUGGAAGUUAAGGAUAAAGGAGAAGAUGGUAAAAUUCCUAUUUUAAUUGUGCAAAAAGGUUUGGAUAGAGAGGCAGCGGCAAGCCACACUUUAGUGCUGACCGCACUGGAUGGAGGUAAACCUCCGAAAUCUGGCGAAAUGAAUAUUUUAGUGAAUGUUUUGGAUAUUAAUGAUAACGCACCUGUUUUUUCUCAAGAUGUUUAUUCUGUGAUACUCCAUGAAAACGCUCCAGUAGGCGCAACUGUCAUACAAGUGAAUGCAACCGAUGUAGAUGAAGGACCAAAUGGAGAUGUUGUUUUUUCAUUCAGCAACAGUGUGAGCCAUAGAUUGUUAAAGCUUUUUGACAUUAAUUCAUUAACAGGUGAAGUAACAGUGAAAGGAUUAAUAGACUAUGAGGAAAAGGACAAAUAUGAAAUUGAAAUUCAGGCAUCAGAUAAAGGUCUCGCACCUCUUGCCACACAAAAAAGCGUAAUAAUCAAGAUAGUUGACGCAAAUGACAACGCACCUGAGAUUGAGGUUACUUCAUUUUCCAGCUCCAUCCCUGAAGACUCAAGACCUGGAACUACAGUUGCCCUUAUCAGUGUAAAUGACUUGGACUCUGGUCUUAAUGGAAAAGUUAUUUGCUCCAUAGGCGAGGAUGUUCCUUUUGCUUUAUCACCAUCCUUACAAGAUAAAAUGUAUUCAUUAGUGACAAAAUCCCCUCUGGACAGAGAGAAAAAGUCACAAUAUUUCAUAACAGUAGUUGCAAGAGACGCUGGUCAGCCAUCACUAUCGUCUGAAAAGACAAUAAAUGUCGUGGUGUCAGAUGUAAAUGACAACAGUCCAGAGUUUUCACUGAGCCCCUAUACUUUCUAUGUCACCGAGGGUAACCAUCCAGGUGCCUCUGUAUUCUCGGUUAAAGCUUUUGAUGCUGAUGAUGAUGGGAAUGCGCAUAUAUCCUAUAAUAUUUUAAGGGAUGGAAACGAAGAUAAUAAACUGACGACUUUUCUAAACAUCAACUCUGAAAACGGAGACAUUCUGGCGCUGAAAAGUUUUGAUUUUGAAACACUGAAAACUUUCCAAUUCCAAGUUGUUGCAUCAGAUUCUGGAACUCCGUCACUAAGCAGCAACGUCACAGUGAACGUGUUCAUUCUGGAUCAGAACGACAACGCUCCAGUCAUCCUGUAUCCAGUCAGCUCUAAUGGUUCUGCUGAAGGUGUGGAGGAGAUUCCCCGCAAUGUGAACGCAGGACACUUAGUGACUAAAAUCAGAGCCUAUGACGCUGAUAUAGGAUAUAACGGCUGGUUAUUGUUUUCACUGCAGGAAGUCACUGACCACAGUCUCUUUGGUUUGGACCGCUAUACAGGACAGAUAAGAACACUUCGCUCAUUCACAGAGACAGACGAGGCUGAGCAUAGACUGGUCAUACUGGUCAAAGACAACGGGAACGUUUCACUCUCAGCAACAGCUACAGUAAUUGUCAAAGUUGUGGAGCCCAAAGAGGCUUUUGCGGCUUCUGAUGUUAAAAGUUCAGCAAAAGCAGAUGAGGACAAUAAUGUGACUUUUUACCUGAUGAUAACUUUGGGCUCAGUUUCAGUACUUUUUCUCAUCAGUAUCAUCGUGCUGGUUGCAAUGCAGUGCUCAAAAUCCACAGACUAUACUUCAAAAUAUUUACAGGAGACUAAUUAUGAUGGGACAUUGUGUCACAGCAUCCAGUACAGAUCUGGAGACAAACGGUACAUGUUAGUUGGACCCAGGAUGAGCAUAGGAUCUACCAUAGUCCCAGGAAGCCAUGCGAAUACACUAGUACUUCCCAACAGGAGGAGGACAUCUGAGGAGCCCAAGGCGCCAAAUGCAGACUGGAGAUAUUCAGCCUCCCUGAGAGCAGGAGGUGUAAUGCAGAGCUCAGUGCACAUGGAGGAGUCCUCGGUAAUGCAAGGAGCCCAGGGGGUCCUGGUUCAGAACUGGCCCACAGCAUCCAGUGCCGCUGAUGGUGAAGGGGGAGAGGUGUCCCCCCCAAUGGGCGCUGGUGUAGACAGCAACAGCUGGCACUUUCGCUAUGGCCCCGGCGGACCUGGUGCACCCCCACAACACCUGAAGCCUGGCGAGGUUCCCCCGGAAGCCUUCAUCAUCCCUGGCUCCCCCGCCAUAAUAUCCAUCAGACAGAACCAGGGAGGGGAGGAUGACAAGAGCGAUUUCAUCACCUUUGGAAAGAAAGAGGAGGCCAAGAAGAAGAAGAAGAAGAAGAAGGAGAAGAAAGACAAGAAGGAUAAGGGGAAGGAUGAUGGAGAUGAGUAGAGGAGCAGAAAGAGAAAAUAGCAAAGAAGUACAGGGCGACGUUAAAACAGAGGUACCAACCAAAGUCCAUUGGGCAAAAAGAAAAUGUGAAAACUAUCAUAGAUUUUCCUGUUUCAUUUUAUUAUCUAUUUUCACUGAUAACAUUUUAAAGCUCUAUCUGUUAUGAACCUGGCCUUACCAAGAUUUAUUUUACCUUCAGUCCCUUGCUGAGGUAAAUUAUUGAUCUUGCCUUUAUAAACAAUAAAAUGAUUGAUUUUGCUCCAAGCCCCUAUGUGCCUAUACACCCCAAGUCAAUUCAUGUCAGUCAUCCUUUCCAGUAAGGAAGGACCACUCUUUGCCCUCGUCUUGAAUUUAUUCUCCUUUAACCCACUGGGCACGUUGGCACCUCUGUCUUACCCCCUCCCCAACUACGACGUGUAAACCAUUCUCUCUGAGAGAAGACAAAUACUUUGUAAAAGAACAACAAAAAGCUCUGUGCCAGCCAAGGAAAAGAAGAACGACAUAGAAGAUUGAGACAGAUGUAUGCGAUCUGGAGCUGGACACACACUACUUGUAAAUAGCACAGAUGAGAGUCACUGAAACUAAGGCUUACAUGACACUGCUGCAGAUUCCUUUGGUAAUUACCAACAGUGUUUCCUGAGAUCUCAAUGAAACCACAUGCACACACACGCAUGCUCACACAUUCAAACAUGCAAACACAAAUACACACGCUUACCAUGACAAGGUGGACACGGAAAGCACUUGAGACCUGGAGAGAAGGAGAGAGAUUUGAAAAAGAGAGAGAAAAACAACUGACAUCAAAGAAAUGUGCUUAAAACUAGACACUGCAAGCUUUUUGCCCUGCACAGUCGCCACUGUGGUGCGCAUGUGUACAUCAACUCUCUCAGGAUGGAAGCAGCAUCCUUUGAAAUCACUCUGUAUUUGCUCACUGCAUUUUGAAGGACACAGAGAGCUUCAUCUCCAGCCAGAAUCCCAGCUGAGGAAUGCAGAGAGCACCGGAAAGAUGGAGAGAUGGGAAGAUACCUCGCAUUCUCCUGAGGAUCACAGAGGGGAGAGUCCAGCUGAGCUGGCUUGUGACUCCGCUUUCAGUCAGUGGACUCUGAUGAAACCGAAUACAAAAUAUUAGGAGAGUCUUGAGAUUUUGAUAACACCUUCUCUUCUCCCCUGCUGCAGCAAAAGCCUAAUGCUUUCUGCUUUGAAUGUUUGGUAGCAACCAGUCCUUACCUGAUACCUUGAGUUUACAACUGCUCACCUGCUUGUAAUUGCCCCAAGCUGCCACAAGCCAUCCUCCCCCUCCCCAACUGCCUUUUUUUUUUUCCCCCAGUCACCCAUUCCACUAACUGCCUCUUUAUGUGAUGAUGAAGUUUGUGAAGUUAUUCUGUUUUCAUUUAUUCUCUAAAGAGAUUCGUUAUUACAUACAAUGGCUUUUUUAUUUUCUUCCUCAUAGCUUUAACUGCUUUUUUUUUUUUGCCCCCCACUGCCCCCAUCUACCCUCAGACACUGCCCCUAAACCCCCCCGCUCUGACCCCCUGCUCAGGAUUGAUCCUGGGAAUGGCCUGCUCUGAACAUUGUGGUGUGCUGAGAACAGCAUGGAGUAAUGUGGAUGAGGCCUGGGGAGGCCCAGUCGGGGGUCUACACCCUGAACUCUUGUCAGAUGUCUCUCUAAGUGCAAAACGGUUCAGUGCUUUUAACUUGUGAAUACUACAGUACGCUGUUCAUUUCCUGUUUGUAGCCACUGAUGAGAGGGGACCAGGUGGGAUAGGGCAGAUUACAGGGGUGGAGAGCCAGGAUAAAGUGAGGAGACAGAUGCCGUGGGCUGGCCCUCCCCCUCCAUGUACAAGAGAAGAAAGUUGUUCUCCACAUUGAUUGUUUAGGAUCGUUGAGUCACAUAUUAGCUUUUAUGUACGCUGUAAAUGUAGCGUAGACUUUUCAUAGAUUGUCUCUACGUUAGUAAUUGAAACCUGCUAAAGAUAUGGGCAUCUAGGGAUUCCCAUCCCACAGCUAUAUCCCACCAAUCCUCUCUCAGGAGGUUUUGAAAAAGGGGCACACACAUGCCUCAAGACCUGCUUCUGUUGGUUCCCCUCCCCUGCCUGUAACUUGUUGCCACGUCCCCAAAGUUUUGCGGCUCAGUAUGACGUCACUCCAUUAAGUGGCUGCUGCAUGUACUGCUCUAAGGAAACACAUACUAUAUAGAGAAAUAUAUAUAUAAAUAGAUAGAUGGCUAUGAUUUUAUUCUUUUGUAUUAUCAUUUUUCUUCAUUAUUCACACAGGAGAUAUUUGUAUGUACUUCUGUCUCUGCCAAAACAUCUACGUACUACAAUCUUCACGCUCCACAGAUGUUGUAUGGCAUCCACUAAACCUCUUUAGAUAUUUGUAAAUGCUAUAGUGUGAUACCUUUCAACGCAAGUUUAUUAUUUUUCUUUUAUCAACUAUGAUUUUUGCUUUUGAGAAUAAGCAAAGCAAGAAAAAAAGAAAAAAAAACACUCUGUGUCUGGCUUUGACAUGACGAUCUAACUAACACUGUAAUAUUGUAACUGAAAUAUGUAUGAUCCUAUGAUGAGCUAUCACUUCCCUUUCACUCUUAAAAAAAAGAAAAAUGACAGAAAAAAAUUCCAGUGUAAAAAAAGGUAUAUGUAGUGUAUGCUUGUGUUUAGUGAGCGUUCAUGCUGUCAUUCUUUCCCAAUGUAUGGUGGUGAACUAUGGUGGCAAUCUGCUGUCCUAAAUGGAUCAGCCCAGAUCUGUUGUAAAACCCUUUUUUGUACACCCGCUCAUCAAUUGUAACAGUGAAGUAGUGAAUUUCAUUUAUUUCAUUUAUUUUCUGACUUUUUUUAUUUUACCUAAAUGGAUACAGUGGUAAUGUGUUUUGUUUAUAAAUCACUAAUAAAGUUUUCUUUCUUAAAAAUA